AUGAAGGUCCUUAAGGCACAAUUGAUGUCGAACAGUGACGAUUCAAUAGAUGGUUUAUUUGAUACACUGCCUGGUUUAAACUGGACAUCUGAAAAGAACAAGCAUGCGAAGAAAGAAAACUCAAAGGAUUCUAAGCGAAGGUCUGAACAAGAUGGGCCACCGGAUGACAUCCAAGCUUUUUUUGGACAUCCUCUUACUGCAGCUACGACCGCCAUUAACGGCGAGGAUAGUACUAAUGCCUCGGCUGCAGCUCUCUUCCAUGAAUACAUCAAUCUACCCGCCAUAGAAAAAAGUGAAUUAAAAAUCGGAGACAAAAUCGAUAUUGAGAAGAUGUCCCAGAUUUACGAAGAGGCUGAAAGUUCACUGAUCAAACGUGAGGACCCAGCUGUGGUAGUUUUACCAGCGAACGGAACGGAAAGUGACUAUAUGGCUCUUCUGCAUACCGACGUCGAUAAAUUCCUUAAUGGAGAGAGCACUCAACACAGUCAUCGUGACGACGAGUUCAAGGAAACUGACAUCGACGACAGCGAUGAGGGACUGACCAAACAAACAGAAUCAAAAAUAGACAUUUCUCCCGAUUGUCAAACUGAGGAAAGCCAAACCAUGUCUUUGGAAGGUGACCCGUUGGAAGACACCCCGCUUCUUGAAGCUACAGCUGAGGAUGCCUUGAGCGAUGCGCGGAUGGAGACAACCGCGUCACCUACGUCAUGCUCGGUUCCUUCCGCAAGUCCACCAGCCUAUCCGGCAGAGAGUGCGUCUGUAAGUCCGGAACACCUUGUACAAUUGGUGCCCUCAGGCGAGGAGGUCUCGCUUUAUAAGGACUGCACACCCGUAACUCACGCAAUUACUUCAAUUAGCAGCGUAGAGGUAAAAACAGUUGACACUGUGUCUGCGGAGACUUCCCAAUAUAGUGACACUUCGGACACUAACACCACUGACCAGCCAAAGACUAACGGUGUUACCAAAAGAAUUUCUAAGGCAUUGAACGAGAAAAUUUUAAAGAAACUGAAUCAACAAACAAUGGUUAAUAACGGUAAUAACUGUGCUAUGGCGGCAGUAUCGUCAGCUUCUUGUAUCAAUGGCUAUGUACACGAUUCUCAGCCCAGUAUGCAUGUGGGUAAUAACUUACCUCUAUAUCCAGUAAAAACCGAAAUAUUACCGGACUAUUCUCAUUUGAACGGGAACGUUUCGCCAGUGGAUGACACUUUAUCUAUUUUACCGUUAAAUACGGCCAUAGCAACGUCCGGCAUAACCGACCAUAUGGCGCAGAGCGCUCCCUCCUCCGUGUUAUGUGAUACCAUGUCGGCGCUCCAGAUGCCAGUGAACACCUCGGCGCUUCAACAGCAGCAGCAACAGGCCGGUCAGUACACGUAUUCACAAAGUGUUCAACCUGUGCAAAUCAUCCACAACGUACACACGACCUACCAGUCGAACAUUAAUACUAACUCACAGGCAACUCACAACGUGACGCCAGUCCGACAAAAUUCCUAUCCUCCAUCUUACCCCAGUGCUAAUGGGUACAUGUACCCUGCGCUGAGCAGCCCCCCGUCGGAGGGGCAGGCCCCGGAGAGAGAUUCCAUGCUCGAGCGCUACAUUCAACAGCAGCAAUACUUCCACGAGAAUCAACAGAUGUACCCGUAUGUGAUCAAAGACAAUCAAAAUUACGCCAUGAAGUCGCCGGAUAGUGGCUACCAAGAGCCCUGUCUCUCUCCGAACAACGUGAAAGCCAUCGCUUAUAAGGAUGGGAAUUCUAACUAUCAAGAAGGUACCACUAAUGGAGCAACUGCCGGACAAAAACGGAGACGAAAAUCAGCUACAACAACCAACUAUUCAUCGAAAGGAUGUGCCUUCUGGCCCGGAAAUGAUAAAGUUAAUUACAGCACGACAAUCCCCAAACUGGAGUUGAAUACAACUGGUUACAAAUAUACCAUGGAGACUCCAAUUUCUACAUCUGUACGAGUUGAAGAGGACCGAAUCACAUACCUAAACAAAGGACAAUAUUACGGUCUCACACUGGAGUUUAACGCUGACAGAAUUCCUCAGUGUCAGAUGGCUAAGUCGGUUAUUAUGGUUGUAUUCCGUGAUGACAAGUCAUUAGAGGAUGAGAGAAAAGCAUGGGAAUUUUGGCAUUCGAGACAGCACAGCUACAAACAACGAGUCUUAGAUAUAGACACCAAGGACAGCCAAGGCAUCCUUCCCAGUAGUAUAACAGAAGUAGCUUUCAACGCGGUCGCGGUGAAAUGGAACCCACGUGACUCGCCAGUUAAGGUGAAUAUUGCCGUCCACUGUCUGAGUACAGACUUCAGUAACCAGAAAGGAGUCAAGGGAUUCCCCCUCCACAUUCAGAUAGAUACAUUCGAGAAUCACAAAGACCCUUACCCUGUCCACCGCGGUUACUGUCAAAUCAAAGUAUUCUGUGACAAGGGUGCGGAGAGAAAGACAAGGGAUGAAGACAGACGACGAACAAACCGAGCAAAGUGUGAUGUAUCCCACUCCUCAUCACGGAAGCGAAAUGAGCAGGAGGUAUACUGGCCCCCAUGUGAAAGAUCGGAAUUUUAUUCCAUGGCAGAGACACAAACGUUUCCAGUCCUCUUCACGCCCGCCAAUGACCAAGAGGAAUCCACUAAGUCGAGCCCUGUCAAUGGUCUUCUGCAAGAUGACGAUGGAAACUCAAGUCUCAACAGCACAGGUGAUUGUCUGGAUGACGCCAUGUAUCCCUUGGCAAAGCGACAGAGACGUGACUCCUAUGGGCAAUACAUGGAUUACCCAAAAAUCCUUCUGUACGUCCGAGAGCAACACGAAACUGUCUUCACCGCUCUAAUGUUACGAACACCAACGCUACAAGGCUUGCUACAAGCGGUACAGGAGAAAUACAACGUAGCAGCUUCCAAGGUCAAAAGUACAUACAAACGAUCAAAGAAAGGAAUCCUAGUGAGAAUGGACGACAACAUCGUACGACACUAUUCCCACGAAUCCACAUUCAUGAUCGAACUUAAUGAAAUCAACGAAGACAAAGAUUAUGAAGUGAUACUAACAGAAAUAGACCCAAAUUAA